AAUAAAAGUAGCAUAUCGCCACACAAAUAAUUUUUUCAUUUUCUUCACACAAUCGAGUGAGAGAUGAAAUCAGUAUUUCGAAGCGUCAUUUACACCAAACUCUCAUUUCCCAUUCGCCCCUUAAACCCUAACCCCCACCGCGCCGCCCCACUCGCCCUCCUCCCGUGGCGCGCCGCCGGCGGACUCUCCACACUCAGCUCGAUGGCCAGCGACGUGAGUGGCUCCAACGCGCCCUCUUCUCCCACCGCCGCCGCGCUCGAGAAGCAGUUCGAGGUGUUCCGGCACCAGCUGGACGGCUCCGGCGGCCUGCGUGAGCGUAUUCGGGGAGUCGCCUCGGAGAUCGAGUCCGUCACGAGGAUUAUCCAGUCGAGCCUUCUGCUUAUUCACCAGUCUCGCCCUAUACCUGAGGUUGUGGAGAAGGCAAAGGGACAGAUUCCUGUGUUGAGGGAACUGUACAGCAAACUUGCUGAGAUUAUCCAAGAAUAUCCUGGGCAGUAUUACAGGUAUCAUGGUGAUUGGAGGACUGAGACUCAAACAGUGGUGUCUUUGCUUGCCUUCAUGCAUUACUUAGAAACUGAGAGUCUUCUUCUGCACGCGGAGGCUGAAGAAAAACUUGGGUUGAACCCCGUGGAAUUUGGUCUCGAUGUUGAAGACUAUCUCGUAGGAAUUUGUUUUAUGUCCAAUGAUCUACCAAGGUAUGUUGUUAACCAAGUGACUGCUGGGGAUUAUGACUGCCCAAGAAAAGUACUGAAAUUUCUAACUGAUCUGCAUGCUGCAUUUCGAAUGCUCAACCUCCGAAAUGACUUUCUGCGCAAGAAAUUUGAUGGAAUGAAGUAUGACCUCAGAAGAGUCGAGGAAGUUUAUUAUGACGUGAAAAUAAGAGGAUUGGCAGCGAAAGAGAACUCGGGUGGGGAUCAAGGAGACGAACAACCGUCAUCUUGAGUUAAACGAGAUCUUUUGUAGUCUUUUUGCUUGUCAAUUUCGUAAUAUCCAUUUCACGGGCCUUACUCUGGCAUCCGACGUUAACAUCUUUUAGCAACUUUCUUUUGUGGAGGAAAAACGGGGAAUUCGACUGCUAUUGUUUUGAAAUUUUUACAUAACUCAGAUUUGAUUGUGAAAGUUGUGAGAACGGAGACGUACAUUCCACCCUAGAUUUGAGGUUUGGUAAAUUAUGCAGUCUAUAUAUGGCUGUACUGUGUUUUUUGUUUCCCAGCUUCUAAUUUUCCAACGGUGUUUUUGACAUUGAACAAGUUCACAUUCUACUGCUGAAAUAAUCUUAUGCAGCUUAAAAUUGCC